GCUGGAAGCUGCUGCUCUUCGAUGCUCCUUCUCCCCGGGACAGGAGAGGGCCUGCGAGCGGGGGCUCUGGCAAAGGGUCGCCCGUGGCUGGGAUGGAGCCACAAGACUGUAACAGCUCCUAGAUGUAGGGGCCCUGUUGUUAUGGACACAGCCCUCGCACAAAUUACCAGCCUUCCUACACCAUAGCACCCAGCAAGCCCUCCCAACAAGCUCUGCUCAUCAUACCUCUGGUGCCUCAUCCAUAGCUUGCAAACCUGCAGGCAAUGAUGUAGGCUGCAUUUUUAUUUACAAAAAUUGCGGAACACUUCUUAACUAGACGGAACUUUUUAGUAUCAUUCAAUGCCGAACAUUGCAGAAAGUGAAAGGGAGAAUGGUUCUGGACAUGUUGAAGACAGACCUGAAAAAAAAUCUCCAGAAGCGGCUCUUCAUGAUGACGUAAAGCCAUAUUGUACUUCUGGUACCUCCCCUGUGUCACUGGCUCCUUCUGGAGAUGGGCAUUAUCCCUGGGGAUGUCCUGUGACUCACACCCGGGAAAAAAUUUAUACUAUCUGUUCAGACUAUGCUUUUUUAAACCAGGUAACGUCUGUUUGUAGAAGUCCAAGUGCUACAGUUAAUGCCUGCCUACAAGAUAGUGCUGCCUUAAAUGUUGGAAAUAAUACACCUAACUUUACUGGUAUUCGAGAUGGUGCUUCAGAGAUAAUCUACAAUGAAGACACUAACUUGGAAAAUUUAUCUAGUAGUCUUGGAAAGCUUCCACUGGCAUGGGAAAUUGACAAAACAGAGUUCAAUGGAGUGGCCCCAAAGCUGAAAAACAGAACAGGCAACAUGAAAAAACAAGUAAUAAAGAAAAAAUCUCUGGACAAAAAAAGCAAACAGUACCGGGAGUGUUCUCAGCAUUCCAUUGUUGAAGACAUAAAGCAGCGGAAAGUGCUUGACAUCAGAAGAUGGUACUGUAUUAGCCGACCACAAUACAAGACUUCCUGUGGAAUUUCCUCUCUAGUGUCUUGCUGGAAUUACUUAUAUAGCACACUUGGAACAGGAAAUCUACCACCUAUUACUCAAGAAGAAGCCUUGCAUAUUUUGGGCUUUCAACCCCCAUUUGAGGAAAUUAGAUUUGGUCCCUUCACUGGAAAUACUACUUUAAUGAGAUGGUUUAGACAAAUUAAUGAUCAUUUCCAUGUUAAAGGAUGUUCAUAUGUUCUGUAUAAACCUCAUGGGAAGAACAAGACAGCUGGAGAAACUGCUGCAGGGGCCUUGGUAAAGUUAACACAAGGAUUGAAAGAUGAGUCAAUGGCUUAUAUCUAUCAUUGCCAAAAUCAUUAUUUUUGUCCAAUUGGAUUCGAAGCUACCCCUGUAAAAGCUAAUAAAGCAUACAGAGGUCACCUCUUGCAACAAGAAGUGGAAUAUUGGGUCUUAAUUGGAGAAUCAAGUAGAAAACACCCUACCAUUCACUGUAAAAAGUGGGCAGAUAUUGUUACUGAUCUGAACACUCAAAAUCCAGAAUACUUGGAUAUUCGGCACCUGGAAAGAGGUCUGCAGCAUAGAAAAACAAAGAAGGAGGAAAUCUGCAUUGUAUCAUCGCUUUUCAGAGACUUAAUUGGCAAAGAUUUGGUCCUUGGAAUUUCCCAUUUGGAAACAUUAGACGAGAUAUUCAACCACAAGCACAGGGAAUUGCCAAAUCUGAAAGCGAAGACAGUAUCACCAAGAAACAGCAUGGACAUCUGGGUAGAUCUUUCAGUGCUGGUUUCCAUCCAGAGUCCACGUGGAAGAAGAUGUGUAAUAUACAUGAGAGGAGGAACAGUGGCUAUCAGAGUUAUACUGAUUAUGAAGGGAAUGAUAGAAAUUAACUUUAGUACAGCACAGCUGGUAUACUAAAAUUGUGCUAAGACAUAGUAGGAGUUUAUUAAGCCUAGGGUACAUAUGAAUAGAAAUCAUGGUAUAAAAUACAAUCUCAUAGUUAUUUAAAUACAUAUGGCCGUGGUGACUGAGAUCAGAUGUGUAAACUUGACAAGCACAGAUUAUUGUACUUUGUAAUCAGAGUAAAUAUAAUAAAUAAACUGUCACUUCAAAUAAUUGAACUGCAUUUGGGACCAUGAAAACAAAAGAACAAAUUGUGGUUAAAGCCAUUGAUGUAAACAAGCAGCAUUGAAAAGUAGGAUACUCAAAGCAUGAUACUUCAUUUCUUAUGACUUUCUAAAAUGAUUAGUUAUCCUGCAUAAUAUAUAAAGGUAAAAAUGUCAGUGUUUCCUUUCUUUGUAACAUUUUUAUUUUAAAUGCAAUAAGGCUGCCACUGUCUAUUAGAAAUAUUGUAAUGCAAAAAAUGUGUGAAACUUAACUGAAGUGGGUGGUCUCAGUCUAAUUCCCAGUGGAUUUAGUAUCUAUUUCCCUUAAAACAUUUUUUGCCAGCUGGUACCAAUUAGUGCUGUUGUAUCUGAAAAGCUUGAGAUUGAUUGAUUGUACAGGGAAAAUUACAUUACUUUGUGGAAGGCUUGAGGCACAACAGUAUAGAAUAAGCUUGUCUUGUUACCCCUCUUCUGCCUGUUCUGUGGAUGAAGUAGUGAGGACUUCUGACUAUAUCACCUUUGUGACCAUUGAAUUCGCUUCAUUUUCCACAGCCUUUUUAAAUAAAAAUGAAGUUGAAUUUGCUGAUAAUCAAGCUGAAUACACUGUGACUUGUUGGCUAUUCUUUUCUUUCAUUGUGUCUCCAAAUGUCAUCGCAUUUUUACUUGUUAAUUUUUCUAUGAGGGAUGACACUAUUAAGUACCAAAAAUAUUGGCAGCCCUAAAAGUAUACCUCUGUCAGCAUUAUUUUUCAGGUUUCCUUGUAAAGCACCUCUGUUUGGAUUAAUAACUUUGCCGAAAAAUAUUUUAGCGAUUAUAAUAUUCUACAUACAAAUGAAAUGUGCUUAAGGAUAAUUUUUGUUGACAUGAACACUUGUCCUGGAAUGCAGGAUAUUUUGUGGGUUGCUGCUUUUGUUAACCAAAAAAAGGGAGACUUUUAGACAAUUUGUUCAUCCAAUAAAAUUUGUUUUCUACUUUGUCAUUUA